AGGAUUUUUGAUCAACAAUCCCCUCCGUAAUGUCUGCCUGAUCCUGAACAUGUGUCUGUGUAGCUCUAUUAUGUGUUUUUAAUACUUUGUGAGAGCAUGUGUUCUAAAUCAUUCUACCUGAGGACUCUUAUUCAGCGGUGAGGUGACCACCUUCAGCUCAGAUCCCGUUUGCACCAUGCCUCUGAGAGACUCAGUCACCCCGCUGCUCUGGAGUUGUUGUGUACUAAUGCUCAUCCACCAAUGCAAGGCUCAAGCUCUAAACUGCACGUGUAAUGUGACCAAUAGUCGGUGUGACGAGAAUGCGGUGUGCAGGUGUGACCCGGGUUGGGAGGGGCAGCAGUGCAACAUCUGUGUGAGAAUGCCAGGCUGUGUCCAUGGAUCAUGUCAUCAACCUUGGCAAUGCACCUGCGAGCCUGGAUGGGCAGGGCGCUUCUGCUACAAAGAUGUCCAUGUGUGUACAAAUGAGGCACCUUGUCAGAACGGUGCCACUUGUUACGUCAACGUUUCAGGGGAAUACUCCUGCCUCUGCCCCGAGGGAUUUCACGGGAGGAACUGCGAGCACAAGACAGGACCCUGUCAUAAGACCGGCAGGUCUUCGUGUAAGAAUGGCGGGCAGUGUGAGGACAGUGGCGGUUAUGCUCCAGAGCUCUCCUGCCGCUGCCUGGCAGGCUUCACCGGGCCACGUUGCGAGAACAACAUGGACGACUGCCUGAUGCGCCCCUGUGGUAACGGUGCCACCUGCCUGGAUGGCAUCAACCGCUUCUCCUGCCUCUGUCCCGAGGGCUUCACGGGCCGGUUCUGCACCGUCAACCUGGAUGACUGUGCCAGCCAACCUUGCCUUAAUGGAGGGCGCUGUCUGGACCGUGCCAGCACCUUCCACUGCCUCUGCAAGCCUGGGUUCACUGGCAGGACCUGCGAGGUGACCUUAAGGAGCCCAGAGAGCCAAGCGCCCAUAAGCAGCUCCCAUGACUGGGCUGGGGGAGGUGGGGGAUUGGGAAGGGUAACUCAGUCCAGGCCAGACCAGGACAUCACGAGGGGGGACAAUAAUAGUGGAGACAGGCUGCUUAAGAUCUCUGUGAAGGAGGUUGUGACCCAGUGGGGGUCGUCUGGCCUAUCAGAGGUGCAGCUCAUCACCCUCCUGGUGCUGGGGGGCAUGACACUUGCCGUGGUGGUGCUCACGGCUGGCCUGGUGCUGAGGGGACAUUGGCAGGACCACUGUGCAAGCUGCAGGUGCGGCUCCACCCCCCACCUGCACCCGCUGAAACACCGAGACCGCCAGCCACCCCCGCAGAGCCACCUAGUCACAGUGGAGCAGGAGUGUAAGAUCAGCUUCCUGCACACGCCCACAGCCCCAGAACUGGAGAAGAAGAAACUGAACACUGAGGUGAUUUAGGUUAUGUUUACUACCUCCACAGCCCUGAACACAGGACACAGACUGCUCUCAGCAGAGGGAAAGCCAUGCUUUUAUCCCAGCCCUGCCCCCAUGACUGAUUUUCUUCAGUACUGACAGUCAAAAUAAAGAUAACAUACCGACCUAGGUAUCGAAACCUAAAGAGACGCAGGACCAAGAAGGGACCAGUGGGUCUGUUCAAGGGUAAAGGAGUGUCAAACACAUUCUCUUAACAAAAGGAGCGUAGUCCUAAUAUUAUGGAUUAUUUGUUGACCAGAGGGGUAAAGCGGAGGUACAUCAUGAGAAAUAUACUCAAGUCCUUUGGUUACUUGUCACAGACAACCAAUGUGUAAUUUGUCCGUCCACAAAAUCAGAUGAUUUGAUUUGUUGGCAUGAACUGCAUGUAAGACAGGCCUACUGACAGACAGCUUUGGAAUGCAAGCCGAGACAAUGCCCUUGUUAUGUCAACCUAAUUGGUGUACUGGUAUUUGUCACUGCUGUUCUCGUCACGAUAUUAGGCCAAAAUGUUAGACAUGAAUGAAUAUACCCAUAUUUUUCCAAAUGGGCUCUGACCUCGGAACAAGCUCUGCAAGUGAGCCGAAUUCAGACAUGCAGACAAAUGAUUGCCUGAAUUCAUGUUGUUUUAACAAGAUCUGCAACACCUCAACACCUACUUAAUUUAAGUAACUGUUCAGUGAUUCCAGAUUUCUAUGAAAUAUGACCUAUAAUUAAUUACAAUAUGAGUAAAAUAGUUUUCCUUCCAAAAAAGUGUAAUUAUGUAUGUAAAGAAAUCUUAUUUUCUGUGUUGGAAUGGUGUGGACGUACCCCAUAGAGUUAGAUAGAGGCACGGGCAUUGCCAUUUAGGGCUUUCAACAUUUUAAGGUAGUCAACAGGGUUGUACAUUCUAUGGGUUACGGAAGGAUGACAUGAUUCCAUCCAGGUCAUCAGGAGGGAUCAGCCAAUGAAUUAUACUUGUGAGAAAACACUAGGUGGCCGUAUGUACCUUUUCAGUUUGUUUGUCAACUCAUAGAAGUAGUAGAAGAAUAUUGACUACUUCAAAAUAAAUAUGUCCUUAAUGGCGCUGCCUGUACGCUCACAGAUGCCAUCACGGGAUAUACACUGAGUGUACAAAACAUUAGGAACAGGUCUCCUGGGUGGCACACUGGUCUAGGGCACUGCCUUGCAGUGCUAGCUGUGCCACCAGAGUCUCUGGGUUCGUGCCCAGGCUCUGACGCAGCCGGCAGCGGCAGGGAGGUCCGUGGGGCGACGCACAAUUGGCCUAGCGUC